ACUUGCCAAAAGAAAAUCGUGGAAGUAGGGUUGCAAUAAGGAGGUAGGGUUGUCAGCCACUUGAAGAUAUGGAAGGUAGUUCGCAAACUAUGGCUGAUAUUAUACUUCGCUUGUCGGAAAGUACGUACUUGUUAAUUCAACCUGAAAUGAAGGACAAGAGCCCUGUUCAAACAGGUGGAAUCGUCACUAUUACCGCAGACGCAUUCAGGAGAGCUUACCAGUCUGUUUGUUUGGCGCCUAAACAGCAAAUUGAGAAGCCAAAGCCAAGAACGAUGUCGACUUCAGUACAAACUGCAAGUGUUGUUACUGCAGAUACUACAACCCAAACUAGGCGAGUUCAGCAAAAAAUUGAGAGGCUGAAGGCCAAAGCCAACAAUGAUGACUAGUGCAGUACAAACGACCGGUGCGGUUACUACGACGAGAACAACCCAGACUGGAAAAGCUCAAUCAACUUCUUUCGCAAUUCAAACCUCAGGAGUUUCUUCUGCAACCGUUGAAACUCAAACCAGACCAGCAUGUUCGUUGUCCCUAGCAACGCAAACUAAAAUCGAUCAGACAACAGCAGCAACACAAACAACUGGGAGUUUGAAAACUACAAAUGGCAAUGAAAGUUCUACAGAGAAUGGUGAACCUGCUUUGUUUAUUACGACAUCUGAGGUAGGUCCUGAAGAUUUAAACGAAGAAACGACAUCACCGCAAAAGAAAGUGAGAUCAAAAUCGAGUGAAGGUUCAGACACCAAUACAAAGUCUAAACGCAGGUUCAGCGGCGCGGAGGCGGAAAAGUCAGCAAAACGUGCAGCCGGAAGAUCUGUUAGCUCUGCAGAGACAAGUCGACCCCCUACUGAAAGUGACCUUGGUCUUGUACUUGAUGGCCUACAGAGCAGAGUUCGUAACCUUUCUAUGUCAGUGUACCUUGGCUUUGAUGUGAAACCUACAAGUGCUCUGACAUACAUUCGAGGACACUUGGCCCUACUCAAGGAUUGCAUUGGCUCAUGCAAAGGGUCUUAUCGUGUAAUAAAGGAACUUCUCACUCGCUAUACAGGUCAUCUGAUAAAACUUGUAACCAAGUUGCGAGCACAAAGUGUGGAACGUGUCAUUGAAUUUGAUAGAAGGGUGCUUUCUUAUGUAAGGAAGCAAGGUAAGUGGAUGUUCCAUCGUGCAAGUAUUCAGGUGGAAGACGAUUUAACAAAAGAACUCAAAGAAAACAGAAACAGUACGGAACAGCAGAAAAGUGACGGAUCUUGUACGAAACAACCAAGUGAUGACAAAUCAAGUUCGGAUGAACUUGUUUCUCCUAAAGUGCCUUCACCAGCAGAUAAACGUGUUAUGAAUGCGUACCUGAAGGGUUUGAAAAAAUCGACUCCCUACGGUAAAACGGAAGAUCCUCGAACGGUUACCUCAACAAGCAAUCGGGUAAAUACUAGAAGAAUGUCAAGGGAGCAGAUUAAGAUACUGGGAAAUGAAGACAGUGGUCAAAAUGAAGCGUUACGCUCUCCUGAAGUAAUGGAGAACGACUGUUCACAACUUAUCAAUGAUGGUUUGCUUAAAACGCCAGGUGCUGGACCCGUAAAUGACUAUCCAUCCCCGCCUAAAAGAAGACGGACUCCUAGUCCACAAACCAGGGGCCACCGAAAGCGAUUCUCUCAAGAAAAGCAUUUUCCACCAAAUGGUUGGAUGAACCAACAAGCCCAUAUGAUAGGCAAUCAGAGACCUUACAGAUACAACAGUUUUUAUCGUAAAAAUGGACAAUUUCAAAACCAUCCAGUGAACCCUAAUGCGCAUUACCGUCCUCGCAUGUACAAUAACAACAUUUACAACAAUAACAAUAACAGCAACAACAAUAGCAAUAAUAAUAACAACAGCAAAAACUGUUAAUACAGUUCCAUACCAAGAAGCAUAUUUGUCCCAGUCCUUCAGAUUUUUUUCCACGUCUAAGUUCCAGUUCCAAACAAACCUAGUCUCUUCUAGAACGUGGUUUGUUUGCAAUGCGUCGUUGUGGAUUUCGAUUUGGGUGUUGAAAGACGCAAACGAGUAUUGUACCGUCCGAAGAAAAUGGUUUCGAGAUUUGGUAAUAAAUUUUGCGCGAAGAAAAAAAACACGUGUGCCUUUAUCAUCAAAGCGAAUUUUUUAAGACCCAAUACCUAAAUUACCACGUACUCUAACACGCGUUUGACACGCUUUGAAAUGCUUUUGACACGCUUGAUAUUUGUACACUAUCUUCGCAAAACACCUCUUUCACGCUUAACUCUAGUGUUUUCUCUCGAAACUUGUUUUUUUCCUUAUUAACCUAUUCGUUUUGUGACAUAAACUUUCUAUGACAAAAAA